AUGCAUAUUGAAGAAAUCCCACAUGGAUCCGUGCCGACACUGGCCAAAUUGCUGCAGUUUCGACCCAAUGAAGAACCGGAAACACUCUCACGACGAAUCGUCCAGGAGGUGAAAUCGCUGCCUUCCUUUCUCAGACCGAGUCGAUUGGAGAAGAUCCUCCUGCCGCCUCGCGGUCAUCUCUGCCAGGUCCACAAAGCCCUCCACUACGACGUCGUGGACAUCGUGCUGCACCAUGUCCAACUGGAAGUGGGAAUUCGUCUCAACAAUCUCAUUUCGCAGUGCGAUAUGCUAUCCCCGGAACAGUUCGUUCGUGUGAUGAGACUUCGGUCCCUACACGCCUUGUGGCUCACGCCAGAAGAUUACGAAAAGACUUUCAUGACUUCAAGCAGCGAGUUGAAGUGGCAUUACCAAAGUGACCGCUGCCGCGCAUGCAUCCUGUCUCGUAUCACAUGUGAUCUGGAGAUUCUCCUGGACCUGAGAUGGGCCGUCCGGUCAAGGGCAACCCAUAAUUUCAUCAUGACCCAUGGAAACCCCAGACUCCAGUCAUGGGUGCAGGUUUGGAUUGCCGCACUGUCGCGGUGCGUUAAAAGAGCUACUGGCCUAGAGAUUGACCUUGACACUGUCUUAUUGCAAAAUGAGCAUGAAGCGGUGGAAUUGAAGAAGACAAGGGCUAACAUUGAAGCGGUGAUGAAGGAGAAAUAUAAGUUCAUGAAGCCAGGCAGAACGAACAGUGGGAGGACAAAAGCCAAGCGUGCCGAUAGUUGUCGUCUCGUGCCCAACCCCCCGGCUCCUCCAGGGCGCGAUGCUGCGCAAACAACCAACGUGGAAGCCAUCUACGACGACUACCCCGGAGGGGAUCUGCUGGAUCACCUGGACGGAGCCGAUCUUGAAGACAUGGAUGCCUAUGAGGCAUUGACAAGCACGACAUAUCUUCCAGAUAAGGUCCAUUCAAAUGUGAAAUAUUCAUUCGAAUCAGAUAUCGGCACGGUCUCGGGUGACCCAUCCUUGAAAGGCCAAAGCCCUUACGGACAUCAUUCCAGCCUGACUGAACGAGCAUCAAUCUAUAGCGUUGAAGGUACACCAACUGGUGCUUCCCAGGUGUUGAGUGACCCUACUGACCAGGACGAAGAGUUUGACUACGUCUCUCCAAGAUCACAGUGGAAGACAGCACCACCACGACAACAAACACGACCAUCUACCUUCCACUCUCGUCCAACGGAUGACCGGGGCCAUGAGCAACGGCAUGAACCCUUCUCUGCCACAUCCACGGAAGACAGGUUCCAAUGUCCAUCCGUCUUGUCGAGAUAUUCUUGGGAAACAGAGCCGGCCUUGGUGUCGAGUUCGAGUAUCUACUCUGUCACUACCACGACGGGGUCAAAUACACAGCCGCGCCAUACCUCGCGAAGCAGACAUCGACUGUCCAGAUUGGACGAGGAUGAGGAUGAGCACCGUGGCAGUCAUAUCGACUACUCUCAGUCUCGAGCCCGUGCGCCGCCAUUGACAGGACAGGGGCUACCGGCUGCAGCUCCCAGACGCGAUGCGGCAGAGACGUACACCGACCUCCUCGGCCCGUCUUCUUUCAUGACGACGACGAGGACGAACACAUCUGAAACACUAUCGAGACUGGGGCCAGGCGCAUGCACGCCUCCUCCGUCGUCUGCCUCAGAACUGUCCCUCCACCUGCACGAUGAAGUCCGCUACCCUGCAGCAGGGCCGGGCGCGACAACACCGUCACCGGAAUCGACCUGUGGGCGUGCGCCGCAACGACGACAGGUACCAUCGACGCCUCCCGCCAGGAGACGCCCGCCGUCCUCCACUGAAGACUUCCUCCACCUGUACGACCAGGUGAUCAGCGCCUACUCACGGAGCAGAAGCUCUGGCUCAUCGUCCUCCGAGACCCUGCGGACGGCUUCGGCUUCGGCGUCGACGCUGGUCUCGGCCACCACGAGGCAGAGGCUAACUCCUGAACGGCUGUCCGUCCGGGCGAGCACCAGUCAAUGCCACGACGAAGGCAGCAGCAGCCAAAGAAGGCCCGACGCCCACGCCAUUCACCGCGACGUGCUGCAUGUGCGCCAGAGGGCAGGAUCGGGAAGGGCCCGGAGCAGUCAUGACGACAGGAGCAGAAGCGGAAACAGAGACCUCAGCCAGAGCCACGCCCACACCCCCGCCCAAGGCUACAGCCAGACCAGGCGCCAGGAUAAUAGCAGGGAUGAUGUGCAAUCGACGUGGAGCGCAGCGUAUGAAUCAGAAAUUUCAUCGAGGGACGACCUUGGCUGGUUCUAUCGUGGCAGGUAA